AUGAACCAAUCGCAACAGUUCCGGCCAUCCUCGAAACCGAGAAUCGACCCCGAUCAGAUUCCCUCGCCUGUGGCGGUUCAGGAGGCAGAUCAGGAAGAAUGGAACCAGAAACCAUUUGUCACAUCUUCAAGGACCAACGCCACUCCCCUGGCUAGCAGUGACUUUAUGGCGGUUGAUGGAGGAAACUGCAACCCUCGCUUCUUCAGGAUGACUACGUACAACCUUCCUAACACGGAGGACCUGCUCAAUACAUCGCAGCUUCCUAUGGGUCUUGUCAUUCAACCAUUGGCACAGCUCCGUGCUGAUGAGGCACCCAUCGAAACUGUUGAUUUUGGUGAUUCAGGACCAGCUCGAUGCCGCCGAUGCAACGCCUACAUCAACCCGUACAUGAUCUUCACAAACGGUGGUCAGCGUUAUGUAUGCAACAUGUGUCUCUUUGAGAACGAGGUCGACCCUGGGUACUUUUGCAAUCUCGACAUGAACGGCCGUCGGUGCGAUUUGGAUCAGCGGCCCGAGUUGCGCAGCGGAAGCAUUGAGUUUGCGGUCCCCAAAGAAUACUGGAACAAGACACCUACAGCAGUAGCCUAUGUCUUUGCAAUUGAUGUCUCCUGGAAUUCAAUCCAGAGCGGGAUGCUGCAGCAGUGCGUCGCUGGUAUCAAGAGCGCUAUCUGGGAUGCGAAUGGCAUCUCAAGACUGGCACCCGGUACUCAAGUCGGUAUUCUGACCUACGACAAAAACGUUCACUUCUAUAACCUUUCCUCUGGGCUGGAGCAGGCGCAAAUGAUGGUAGUUCCUGACGUUUCGGAUGUGUUUGUCCCUCUGAGCGAGGGAUUCCUUGUAAACCCCGAAACAUCUCAAGUACUUGUCGAGUCUUUGUUGGAUAUGCUGCCUCAGCUUUUUGCAGAAAACAAGACGACUGAACCAGUGAUUGGAGCCGUUGUCCAGGCAGUACGGAUGGCGCUCGAGAACCGUGGAGGAAAACUCAUCAUCUUUCAAACUGCACUCCCAACAUUCGGACCAGGAGCCCUCAGGCACCGCGACGACUCAAAGCUUUAUAAUACGGAUAAGGAGAAGACACUGUAUGCUCCUCAGGACGACUUUUACAAGAAAUUGGCGGAGUGCUGCGUCGAUGCUGGUCUGUCCAUCGACCUGUUCCUGUUCCCGAACGCAUAUGUAGAUGUUGCUACGCUGGGCUGCUUAUCGAGUAUCACGGGGGGAGAGACGCACAUGUUCGUCAACUUCAAUGCAGGCAGGGAUGGCGUCAAGCUGGUUGGGGACAUUGGCAGGAUUGUGACCCGGCCUUUCGGAUACAAUGCAUUGAUGCGAGUCCGCUGUUCGUCUGGUCUGAGGAUUGCGGAGCAUUUUGGCAACUUCCACAUGAAGAACAGUACGGACCUGGAAAUUGCGGGUUUGGACUCUGAAAAGGCGUUUGGCGUGUUGGUUAAACAUGAUGGCAAGCUGGACGAGAAAACUGAGGCGUCUUUUCAGGUUGCGCUGCUCUAUACUACGGCGGAUGGACGUCGGCGUGUCAGAGUGCAUAACUUCAGCACACCAGUCACGACGCUACUGGGCAAUGUAUUUAGAUGGGCCGACAUGGAUACGACCAUCAACUUCUUGAGCAAAGGAGCUAUCGCACAAUCUUUGAGUAAGCCCUUGAACGAGGUGCGCGUGGCACUUACAGAGAAGUGUGUCAAGAUUUUGUCCGCAUAUCGUCGCAAUUGUGCCUCCUCUACUGCUCCAGGACAGCUCAUUCUCCCUGAGUCGUUUAAACUGUUCCCACUGUACACCUUGGCUAUGCUGAAAUCAAAGACACUACGGAUGGGCAGAGACAUUAACAGCGAUAUGCGCGUGCACCAGAUGAGGAUGGUCAAGGGCAUGGGCGUGAGCGAAAGCAUCGUCUAUUAUUACCCGCGCAUGAUUGCUGUUCAUGCUAUGGACGAAAAGGUCGGAGUUAUGGACCCCAGUAAUGGAAGGGUUUACCUGCCACCUCUGGUUCGUGUCUCGUAUGCAAGACUUGAUGCCACGGGCGCCUAUAUGCUCGAGAAUGGUCAAAAGGUGUUCUUGUGGCUCGGUCGCGACAUCCCUGCACAGUUCUUGCAGGAUGUAUUUGGCGUACAGACUCUGGAUGAAGUCAGUCCUGAGCAGCGUUAUUUGCCAGAAAUCGAUUCUUUAACAAGUAGUCAGUUACGCACGCUGCGGACGUACAUGCAAGCACAGCGCGCAAAGUAUCUGGAUCUGACAGUCGUUCGUCAGGGCAAGGAUCAGGCGGAGCUCGAGUUCUCGAACCUGCUAGUUGAGGAUAAGAACAAUGAGGCGAUGUCAUACGUGGACUACUUGCCGACCAUCCAUCGUAUGAUCCAAACAGAAGUGACAACGCGACCUCAUGAGGUCCACACAAGCAUCUGGUCACGCUAA